GCCUGAAUGGAGGAAAGGGCUUAGUAUCUUCUGAGUGGAGGAACAUUCACACCCAGAGGGAGGAUCUGAAUCUUGUGCUCACAGAUGAGACUUGUUGCUCUGGCUGUGGUGUGCGGCCUGAUUAUCGGUCAGGAUGCAGGGAGUGAGGGAGCAGCGCUUCCAGGAUAUGACUCAGCACAAAGGACACAAGCAACAGGGUCUGUCCUCUCUAUGCUCAAGAGGAGGACUGAGGCCGACCUGGUGGACGAGCCCAGUCUAUGUUUCUCCCUGAGGGAGAACGAGGAGCAGAGGCAGCUGCUGUGCAACGACCGCAGGAGUAAAUUCAACUUCAACCCGUUGAGCCUUCGCUUUGGGAAACGUUACAUGUACAGUAGAGCCGUUAAAAGAGCACGGACAAAUCAAUUCUCACCCCUUUCUCUGUUCCCACGAGAACUGGAGGUGCCCACCUGAGAGAGACAAGUCUUUUCCAUAUGUGUUUAACAAGAUCACAUCAUGUUCCCUGAAUAAAACUUUUUUACCUAGCCUUACUUUGAAAGGACUUUGACAUCUACAACAAUGGAAGAUUUAUGAGAAAGAAAUAUUGAAAUAAAAUGAAAUUAUAAAAAUGUGACAAGGACAAAGGACAAUCAUUUUGUGCAAUGGUUUCUCUUAAUGACCUCAGUAGAUGUAGUAAGUAAUCUGAAUAAAACAAACUGACUUUCUGAAGUUGCUCAAUUAAACCACUGUGUGUCACUGUAUUGCCUUUCAGCAUCUGGAUUCCUUGCUUGCAGUGUUUCUGGGUACAUUACUAGUCUGUAAAUAAAAAAUAAAAUGGAACGGAAAUAGAAAAAAUAAAUAUAUUAAAUUAACAAGAAAUAAAUGGAAAGAAACAUGUAUUAACCGGACAAAAAAAUUACAAAACAUAGCCUAUUCAUUUUUCUGUUUGGGAUUUAUCAUAUAUGUAAAAACAUUUCUUUGAAGGGAAGACUUUUCUCUCUGCGACAUUCACCCAUUAGGAUUAUGAGACUGGUUAUAGUAGAUAAAGUUUCAAUUCAAUUCGCUUUAUUCAGUUCCUGUAAAAUCAAAUACUCAGAGAUGGUAACACUUAAUAGAUAUAAUUUCCAAAAUAUGCCAGAUUUUUUAAAUCAAGAUCUAUGAUUGAAUCCCUAAGAUAUCAGCGAAAAUGUGGAAAAUACAAUCUCACAAUACGAGGGGAAAAUGUUAUCCUGGAUCUGCACACAUA